UUCAUUUCAUUCCCGCUCAGGUGUUUUAGAAUUUGCCGCGCUCCUAAUCCAUUUUUGUCCAAAAGAGAAAGAGAAUUGGAGUACGGAGAAAACCAAACCAAAAUGUUUGGCCGAGUAAGACCAGCGUCCUUCUCUUCUUCUUCCUUGGAAAGCUUCGACUUGGACAGACCUCAUUCUAAGAUUAUCAAGGAAGAUUCUCUCUCCGUCUAUGAGGCCACACUUGUCAAGCUUAAACUAGGUUCUCAGCGCAAUUUGAGUUCCCUACCCAAGAAUGAAAGUGAUGUAGAUGGUGGUUUAGGUUCAUGCUCAAACAGUUUGGAGCCAAUGAAAAUAGAUCUGAAGUCUCCUUCUGCUAGUGGUUCAGAGUUCACAAGCUCGCUCAACGAGCUUGAGGAGGUAGUUACAAUGGAUACAGAUUAUCUUUCACAUUCUGAUACAGUGAAGAACUCUAAACACAAAGAAGAAAGUAUUGCCUCAAUUUUUUACCUUUUUUCUAAAUUUAAAAAAGCUGUUAGUACAUCACCUGAGGAUUCAUUGGCAGUGGAGAAUGGUUAUGGUGCAAGUAUUUCUCCAAGUUUUACCACUUCUCAAUCUCUUGAUAUCACAGUGCAGCAGUCAGAAAAUGAAUUUGUCCCUUCAUUACCUGUUUAGCCAUUUUUUAGCUCUGAAUUGGGUUCAUGGCAUCUAAGUUUAUAAAUGGGUGCUGAUAUUUGGUACUUGUAAUUUAAAAGAAGAAAAAAAAAGAGUUGUUACUCAUAUGAGUUACUUUACUGUCAAUUUCCUAUUAUGUCUCAUAAAAUUUCUUAUAAGCAAAAAUCUUUCAUUGAUUUAUAAAA